CCUAAAUUGUUAUUGUUUCUCAUAUGUAUCUUUAUUCUGCCAUCAUUCUGCCUGAUUUACAAAUAGUGUGAUUUUUACCACCUGAUGAACUUUGAAAGUAUUUCGCAUGCUGUGAUGACAAUCGACGUAAUUAAUAGAAGGCUCUUUGCUCCAGGUGUUCAUUUCUUUUUGCUGUACUUCAGUUUAGAGUUAUUACAUAACGAAAAUCACGGAGGUGCAUGUGUGGUAGUCAAUUCUGGAGGUGAAGCUGGUUGUCCCCCUACUUUUUGCUAGUUUCUUUCUUUUUUAUCAAUAGACGUGGUAAGGUCAAUCCUAACCCCCCACGUAGGCACAGGUGGAAUGUUGAAAAGAAUAUAUGUGAUUAGUAGCCGUAACUUAGAUCGAGUUCGUAAGUUGAAGAGUCAAAUGACAAGGUUGACUGCUCGUGUGCAAAAGGUGAGGGAUGAGCUAGAACAACUAUUGGAUGACGAUGAUGAUAUGGCAGACCUGUACUUGUCUAGAAAGUUGGCUGGUACAUCAUCACCUGUAAGUGGCUCGGGUGCUGCCAGUUGGUUCCUAGCAUCUCCUACCAUUGGCUCAAAGAUAUCUAGAGCCAGUAGGGCAAGUAUGGCAAGCAUGCGUGGAGAUGAUAAUGAUGUAGAGGAUCUAGAAAUGUUACUUGAGGCGUACUUCAUGCAAAUUGAUGGCACACUGAACAAAUUAACCACGUUGCAGCUACGUGAAUAUAUUGAUAAUACAGAAGAUUAUAUCAAUAUUCAGCUUGACAAUCAUCGGAAUCAGCUCAUUCAGUUGGAGCUUGUUCUCAGCUCCGGAACUGUAUCUAUGUCGAUUUAUUCUUUGGUGGCUGGCAUAUUUGGUAUGAACAUUCCUUAUACCUGGAACGACGAUCACGGAUUCAUGUUUAAAUGGGUGGUCAUGGUCACAGGGGCCUGCUGUGCAAUCCUUUUUCUUAUUGUUGUGUUUUAUGCUCGGCGCAAAGGGCUAAUUGGAUCUUGAUUCUAUGAGUGAUUGGGUCUUCUCAAGUUUGAGAGGAUUCAGGCACGGUAUUGAGAUGUUUGAUAAGGUUGAUUGAUAGUGCUGGACAAUAUUAGGGAAGAAAGAAAAAUAUUGUAUUCAUUCCAAUGGUCAGUAUGGUCUAAUAUUACUUUUAAAAAUAAAUAAAUAAAAAUAAAAAUAAAUUGUAAAUAA